AAAAAAAAAAAAUUACAUGGUCAGCGCGUCCGAGCCGGUUCUCUUAAAACUUCACACAUCCUCCAUUCAUCUCUCCCUUUCCCAUUCAUCAUCUCACCCUUCGGGCGCGCACUCCUUCUUCAUCAAAUAGAAGGCUAAUCUCGUAACUUCGAGAUAUCAUAUUGCGCAUCCCACGUCUUUCUUUAUUCUAAUACUCCCCUUUCCCCCUUCCUAGACGGGUCCAUUCCAAACGGCUCCGUCUCAUCUCUCUUCACCUGAAAUAAUGUCUGGCUACGACGGCGGAUACAGCGGCGGCGGUGGCCGCGGAGGAGGUGGCUACGGCGGUGGUGGUUACGGCCGUGAUCGCGGCGACCGUGGUGGUGACCGAGGUGGUGACCGCAAUGGUUACGGCGGUGGUGGCUACGGAGGCCGAGGUAAUGGAUACGGUAACGGAAAUGGUUACGGCGGCGGCGGCGGCGGUUUCGGAGGUGGUGGUUUCGGAGGCGGUUAUGGAGGAGGUGCCGGCGGUGACCGUAUGGGUGCCCUCGGCGCUGGCCUCAAGAACCAGGAGUGGGAUGUCAGCACCCUCCCCAAGUUCGAGAAGUCUUUCUACAAGGAACACCCCGAUGUCACAAACCGAUCUGAUGCUGAUGUGGAAGCCUUCCGCCGCAAGCACCAGAUGACCAUCGCUGGCAAGGAUGUUCCAAGACCCGUCGAGACUUUCGACGAGGCUGGUUUCCCCAGAUAUGUCAUGGAUGAGGUCAAGGCCCAGGGCUUCCCUGCCCCUACUGCCAUUCAGUCUCAGGGUUGGCCCAUGGCCCUUUCCGGUCGUGAUGUCGUUGGUAUUGCCGAGACAGGUUCCGGAAAGACUCUUACGUAUUGUCUCCCCUCCAUUGUCCACAUCAACGCUCAACCUCUCCUUGCUCCCGGCGACGGCCCUAUUGUUCUCGUCCUCGCCCCUACUCGUGAACUUGCUGUUCAGAUUCAGGAAGAGAUGAAGAAGUUUGGCCGAUCUUCUCGUAUCCGAAACACUUGUGUUUACGGUGGUGUCCCUAAGGGUCCUCAGAUUCGCGACCUCUCUCGAGGAGUUGAGGUCUGCAUUGCCACCCCUGGCCGCUUGAUUGACAUGCUUGAGGCUGGUAAGACUAACUUGCGUCGUGUCACUUACCUCGUUCUCGACGAGGCUGAUCGCAUGCUUGACAUGGGUUUCGAGCCCCAGAUUCGCAAGAUUAUUGGCCAGAUUCGACCUGACCGACAGACUCUGAUGUGGUCCGCUACAUGGCCCAAGGAGGUCCGCGCUCUGGCUUCCGACUUCCUUCAGGACUUCAUCCAGGUCAACAUUGGUUCCAUGGAGCUUGCUGCCAACCACCGUAUCACACAGAUUGUCGAGGUUGUCACAGACAUGGAGAAGCGAGACCGCAUGAUCAAGCACCUUGAGAAGGUUAUGGAGAACAAGGAGAACAAGAUCCUCAUCUUUGUCGGCACAAAGCGAAUUGCUGACGAGAUCACUCGAUUCCUCCGCCAGGAUGGAUGGCCCGCGCUCUCCAUUCACGGUGACAAGCAGCAGAACGAGCGUGAUUGGGUGCUUGACCAGUUCAAGACCGGAAAGUCACCCAUCAUGGUGGCUACUGACGUGGCCUCGCGUGGUAUCGGUAUGUAUCAUCAUCCACCCUCCCCCAUGGCAACCUCCAGCGACAGCACUUGCUGUACUUUACUCUCGUGUUUAGGGGCUCUCUUGACUGUGCGAAUCUGCCUGAUAAUUAUCGUGUCCAAUUGGUUCUCAACCAACGGGGUCUUGAUCCGUUGUGUAGCCUUCACUUUGCUAUACUCACGUGUGUUCACUCUUGUACCGUUCUCACUCCCGUGGUACGAGUGUGGAGUUGGCAUAUUGUUGCCUUUGAUCAAGCUGCUGGCCAAGGUUCUCUUGUUCCCAGGACCCAGUGACCCGCAUACUCCAGGAUGGCAUUUUGACGCACUUUCUAUUGCCCCAUCUCCGCUAGGAGUGAAGUACAGAUGGCUUGCCAAUAUGCUUAGCCAUUCACCUUCAUCUUCCGUGCUGGAACGUUGCUAUACAAACCCCUGCUUCGCCUGCUAACCAUUCUUGCUAAAGAUGUGCGCAACAUCACUCAUGUGUUGAACUACGACUACCCCAACAACUCGGAGGACUACAUUCACAGAAUUGGUCGUACCGGUCGUGCCGGUGCCAAGGGUACCGCUAUCACCCUUUUCACUACUGAUAACCAGAAGCAGGCCCGUGAUCUUGUCAAUGUUCUCCAGGAGGCCAAGCAGCAGAUUGACCCUCGCCUUGCUGAGAUGACUCGAUAUGGCGGCGGCGGUGGUCGCGGCUACGGUGGAUGGGGACGUGGUCGCGGCGGUGGUAGAGGUGGGUAUCGCCGACGCUGAAGCAGCUAGAUACCUAUCGAGCUGACUGGACCUCCAGCCAACGCCAACAACAUGCCCAUCGGCAACCGUAACCGUCGGUGGUAAGAGGUUUAUUCAUAUUGGGUUACCACCCUCUUGUGAUACGGAUCAGGCAGCCUCACAUUACAGAUCCUCGGAUUCUCAAAAGUAUAUGACACCCAAGGCGUUUGUUUGUUAGAGAUGGGUGAUUCGAUUAGACUUGACUCGUCAUGCGAGUCUGGAUUUCUGGUUUGAUUGCGGAUCGGUUUGGUCACGCACUUUAUGUGGCAUUUUCUCGUUUUCUAUUUUAUGUUUUUCGAAAUAAUGGCUUUAGAUUGGGAUGAUGAUAUCGUGUCGAGCGGUAUGGAAAACGCUCGCAGGUGGAGAUAAGGGGAAAAUAUCCCACCUUUAUUGGAGGCCUCGUGUUCUGGAGGUCGAUGACAAUCUUGUCAAGAGUCGAGCUGUAUGUUCAAUAGACAAUUGUAGUUCACUCAACUAACACGACUCACUCUAUGUUGAUGGUGUAAUUGAAUGUAUGUUAUCUCGCGA